AUGCACCCGGAACUGAAAAACACAUGGACUCCUGCGAUCAAUGUAUUGACUUGGUUUAUGCUGGUGACGGCCAUUUUGAGCGUCUUGACUCGUUUGGGGACGAAGUAUUUCUUCUUUCGCAAGUUUACGAUUGAUGAUGGCUUUGCUGCGGCUUCGAUGGUUCUCUGCAUUGCGCAGUCUAUCGCAGUCUCACUGGCGACUUCCAAUGGGCUUGGACAGCAUCGAGAUAUGUUGCCUGACUUCAUGAUUGAGAGUAUGAUGAAGGCCGAAUACGCCGCAACGAUUCUGUACAUCGCCAGUAUUGCCUGCUCCAAGCUCUCGCUCUUGAUCUUUAUCCGCAACUUGACCCCCGCAUCCUUGGAUCGCCGCGUCGCGCUUACCUUGGGAGCGUUCAUCGGGAUAUGGGCUAUUGCCAGCAUAUUUACUGCCUCUUUUCAGUGCCAUUUACCGCAGACAUGGAACUAUCUCAAUGGGACUUGCUUUGACCGAACUGCCUGGUGGAAUUAUCUCGGCGUCACGAAUAUGUUGUCGGAAAGUGGAAUUAUAGCCCAGGCCCUGUUGGUUAUCGUUCGCAUUCAGACAGACUUGAGCAGAAAGGCCGGUCUAUCCAGUGUGUUCUUGAUCAGAGUUGUGGUCAUUAUCGCAAUUAUCUGCCAACUUGCUUACGCCAGUCAUACUUCCUCAUCUUCCGAUUACACAUUCGACACCUGGACCGUCGCAGUCUCCACACAAAUGGCCCAAGGCUUGAGUAUCGUCACCGCAUGUUCUCCCCAGUUCAAGCCCUUCCUAGACAAUCUCCGGUCAUCAGGAAUGGGUCUUGGAAUGUCGAGCUCCGACGGCUUCGGCAGCAAGCACAAGACCUAUGGCGUGAGCACGUUCAAGUCCCGUCGAACCCAAGACACUCGAAGCGAUACCCACGAGCUAGUCUCGUUGCCUCGGGAAAAUACCCAUCGGACUGUAGUCACAUCGGCGCCGGACGACGACACCGAAAGCCAGUCUAGUCACUCUAACAUAAUUAUGGAGACCAGGACCUGGACUGUAACUCAAGGAUUGCGAGAUUGA